AGCGACACAGGAUGCAAACUGGAUACAUUCUGUUGUUUUGUAUCAUCCCCAUUUUCUCGGAGGGAUGCUGCGUGGGAACCCGUCCAGAGAAAAGACCGGGUACGGUGCUUUGAAUGUGGGCUUGAAAGUAAAGUAUUGGAAUUGUUCAGGGGGUCAUGGACCUGUUUAUGUCUGACUGUACAAUGGAAGAGAAACAGAAACGCGACUCUCUCCAGGUCUUCAGCCAGAUGUUGCACACCAGCACUACAGAGCUGUGGAGGGGGAGAUGUUCGUGAUGCCGUGCCACGGGUCUGUGAGCCGGCACACGGUCGUCGUGUGUUCCCGGACCGAAGGAGGAGCUGAAGGCACAUCCUUUGUCUGUGGGAGCGAGUUCCCAGCAGAAGCAAGACAUUCUGGAAAGUACUUGUGCAGUGGCAGUGAGUUGUUCUUCCACCUACAGGUGGUGAAGAGGUCAGAGAUCAGACUGGGAUGCUUCCAGCCCGAGGAGAACAGUCUCGAGCUGCGUGUUGAUGCAGGGGGGGAGGUCCCCUGCCCAGGUCUCAAGUGUAGUAACAACACACAUGUCACCUGGUACAAGGGUAACAAAGCUGUGUCCGAGCAGAAGAGAUCCUCCUGUCAGACGAGUGGGUCCUUAAAGCUCUGCCAAGUCAGUGAAUACGACACUGGCCUCUAUUUCUGUGAUCAACAAAUAAAUGAGCGAGGAGUGAUCUGGACCUUCAGGAGGGCUGUUCACGUCACAGUCGUACCUGACAAAGCAAGUUCCCCUCCCAGGUUUAUAAAACCUUAUGGCAACACAACAGAGAUAGUGGAGCUUGGUGGACCUCACAAUCUGACGUGUGAGGUAUAUUUUCCUUUUGAGGGCAACUUUUCGAGGGAGGUGCUGUGGUACAUGAAUCAUGGUAGCAACAUGAAGAAUAUGACUCUAUUACCAAUGGAGAAGCAACAACAGGAGAGAUUGACAUUUACCGAGUACAAGGUCAUACGAAGUGCCAUCAUCGCACGGGUGACUCCCCAACACUUGAACCACAGAUAUAUCUGUAUCGCCAGGAAUAUUAUUGGAAACAGAACUGGCACCGUUGAGCUCAAGAAUCAGAUUAAAGUGAAAUGGCCGUCGCUGGUUGGGUAUCCCAUUGCCUCUUUGCUGUUGGUAGCUGGACUAGGAAUCGUUUUACAUGUGAAAUGGCUGGAAGUACAACUUAUCUACAGAUCCCACUUCCGACAUGGAAAGCAUCAUGGAGAAGAGAAACAGUUUGAUGUGUUUCUGUCGUACGUGUGGAGCCCGCCGUCCGCUGGGGUUGAGGGAGUUUCGAGCCUUUCCUCCUCGAGAGGACCUCACACUGAUGAGGAAGCAUGUUUAUCCCGCAUGGACCUGCUGAACACUGCGGAAGGGGGGUCCACCCAGAGGCCGCUAGAAGUGAUGCUGCCCCAAGUGUUAGAGGACCGGUGGGGGUAUCGCCUCUGUCUGCUGGAGAGGGAUGUGGUUCCUGGAGGAGCAUAUACAAAUGAUGUGGUCCUUGCAAUACAGAGAAGCCGAAUGCUUAUCUGUCUGCUGUCAGCGGACUACCUCUCCAACAGCAACGCUGUGUUUGUGCUGGAGUCGGGAGUCCAGGCUUUGCUGCAAAACUCUGCCAUCAAACUCCUGCUAAUAUGGACCAGUAGAGCCUCGGCAUCCCUCAUCCAGCCGGACUCCCCGCUGCCCAUGCAGGUCCAAAGGGCCUUGAAGGUACUACCCAGUCUGGACUGGACGUCAGGCAAACCUGCCAGAGCCACAAGCAAAUUCUGGAGGUCUUUGAGGAAGGCCAUGCCUGAUCAGAGUGAUGAGUUUCACUCUUGAAGAACCAGAAACAUUUGAUCCUGACAUGAUGCACAGCGUUUCAACAAUGCAGCCCGUUACUGCAUUCUGCACACACUGAAACUGUUUGCCGGCCAGUCCAAAACGUGAAUGAGCAAAUGUGUCAAGGAAAUUUCCACAAUGGUAAAAAUGACAAAUCGUGAAGUAUCAUUUCCAAAUAAAGGGAGAAAAAGUGAGUCACCCUUAGUGCCAUGCUCAGAGCACUAAGUGGUAUGUAGUCUGAUUGUGUAUCUGUAACAAAAAUACAUUUAAUUUUCAACUAUAUCAAAUGUCCAAAUAAUUAAUAUAAUGAAGGAUGUCUAAUAUAUUGAUAAACAAAAUACCCCCCCCCCCCCCCCCCCAAAAAAAAACCCCAGAUGGAUGCUAUUAACAAUUAACCUUAAAUAUGUCAAAU